AUGUUGGCAGUCUUCCUUGCCUUAACCGCAUUUCAUAGCCAGUUAUCCGGUAAACAUGUUUGUGUCCGAAUAGAUAAUAUGACUGCAGUGGCUGAUAUAGGGAAGAUGGGUACAAGCCAUUCUCGAAAACGAAAUGCUUUAACUCGGAAUAUUUGGGAUUGGUGCGUACAGCACAAUGUGUUUCUAACAACAGCACAUAUUGCUGGCAAAGACAACACUAUUGCUGAUGCCGAAUCUAGAAAAUCACGAAAGGAUCUUGAAUGGUCCCUAAAUACAAAUAUAUUUGAAAAUGGUAUUGGCCAGCUUGGUGUGAAGCCAACAAUUGAUGUAUUUGCUUCGCGAUUAAAUUAUAAAAUCAAGCCAUUUAUAUCUUAUCAGCCUGACCCAGAAGCUGAAAUAAUAAACGCGUUCACAGUUUCCUGGCAACCUUAUUUAUUCUAUGCAUUUCCUCCCUUUAGUUUAAUUACACUGGUUCUCCAGAAAAUUCAGGAGGAACACAGUACGGGGGUAAUUGUAGUCCCGCAAUGGCCAACACAACCUUGGUGGCCAGUUCUAAUGCGAAUGAUAGUGCAACAGCCCUUAAUUCUACCUCGGACAAAACAAACUCUACUUUUACCGACCAACCCAGAUUUGCUACAUCCUCUACAUCAAAAAUUAACCCUACUGAUGUGUCACCUCUCUGGCGACCCUUCGAAAAUAAAGGCCUUUCACGCCAAGCUUUGUCCCUCAUCAUGUCAUCCUGGAGACAAAGCACGCAACAGCAAUACGUCCCGUAUAUCCGUAAGUGGGAGCAGUACUGUAGUGGCCGGGAAAUUGAUAACAUUUCAGCUACUGUAG